CCUUCUAAACCCUCUCAAAAACCCUGCUAGAGCUUGACACUCUCUCCUUCUGUCUUAGGUCCGACUGUCUCAGUUUCUCCCUCUCUAACCCUACCAGAACCUUUACCUUCUUCUCUUCUCUUCGACCCUAAAGAAGCCGUCCGGGUAUCUCUCUCUCUCUCUCGCGCACACACACACACACACACACACACACACACACACACACACACAUUCAUGGCGCUCUCCAAGCCAACCUUCUUUGCCCACCUCAGAACUCUCGCCAACCCUCACCGCCACUGCCCACCGCCCUCCUUCAUUUCCCUCCGCCUCCUCUCCUUCGCCACACCAGAGGAAGCCGCCGCCGAGCGCCGCCGCCGCAAGCGCCGCCUCCGCAUCGAGCCCCCUCUAAACUCCCUCCGCCACUCCUCACCGCAGCAGCAACGCCAACCUCCCUCCGCCCCAAACCCUAAUGCCCCUAAGCUCCCUGAGCCCAUCUCCGCUCUCUCUGGCAACCGUCUCAACCUCCACAAUCGCAUCCUCCGCCUCAUCCGCGAAAACGACCUCGACGAGGCUGCCCUUCUCACCCGCCACUCUGUCUACUCCAACUGCCGCCCCACCAUCUUCACCGUUAACGCCGUCCUCACCGCCCUCCUCCGCCAGUCCCGCUACUCCGAUCUUCUCUCCCUCCACCGCUUCAUCACCCAGGCCGGCAUCGCCGCCAACGUCAUCACCCACAACCUCCUCAUUAACGCGUACUGCGAUUGCCGCAAAACCGAUACUGCUCUCGAACACUAUAAGCAAUUGAUCAAUGAUGCUCCAUUUAACCCUUCUCCUACUACUUAUCGAAUUUUGGUUAAAGGGCUUGUUGAUAACAAUAAGGUUGAUCGAGCGAUGGAGCUCAAAGAGGACAUGUUAUCUAAGGGUCUUUCGCCAGACCCCAUUGUUUACAGCUUUUUGAUGUUGGGUCACGCAAAAAAUUCAAACCCUGAUGGGGUUUUUGCAGUUUAUGAAGAACUGAAGGAGAAAUUGGGUGUUGUUUUAGAUGGCAUUGUGUACGGGAGCUUGAUGAAAGGGUACUUCUUGAGGGGAAUGGAGACGGAGGCUAUGGAAUGUUAUGAGGAGGCAGUUGGGGAGAAUUCAAAAGUUCGAAUGAGUGCAAUGGCAUUCAAUUCAGUGUUGGAUGCAUUGAGCAGGAAUGGGAAAUUUGAUGAAGCUUUGAGGUUGUUCGAACGGAUGAUGGCAGAGCACGACCCUCCGAAGCAGCUUACUGUGAAUUUGGGGAGCUUUAAUGUAAUGGCGGAUGGAUACUGUGCACAGGGGAGGUUUAGCGAGGCAAUUGAGGUUUUUAGGAGGAUGGGGGAGAAGAGGUGUAGUGCAGACACUUUGUCCUACAAUAAUUUAAUCGACCAGUUGUGUAAGAAUGGGUUGUUGGGUGAAGCAGAAGAGCUUUAUGGAGAGAUGGGUGGGAAAGGGGUUAACCCGGAUGAGUUUACAUAUGUGUUGUUGAUGGAUGCUUGCUUCAAAGAGGACCGCUCCGAUGAUGCUUCUGGGUACUUUAGAAAGAUGGUUGAAACAGGGUUGAGACCAAACUUGGCAGUGUAUAAUAAGCUGGUUGAAGGGCUGGUUAAAGUGGGUAAGAUUGACGAGGCAAAAUCUUUCUAUGAAUUGAUGGUGAAAAAGCUCAAGAUGGACACAGCAAGUUACCAGUUCAUGAUGAAGACAUUGUUUGAGGCAGGGAGGUCUGAUGAGGUGCUUCAAAUGAUUAGUGAUAUGUUGGAUGCUGAUGUGACUGAUUUUACUUCGGAACUGCAAGAGUUUGUUAAAGGGGAAUUGAGGAAGGAAGGUAGGGAGGAGGAGUUGCUAAAGCUUAUCGAGGACAAGGAAAGGGAGAAGGCUGAAGCCCGGGCUAGGGAGAUUGCAGCUGCAGAAGCAGCUAAGGCCAGUGCGAAAGCAGCUGUUGCAUCUUUAAUACCAAGUAAGUUAUUUGGGAAGAAGGAAGCAGAGACAGAGUCAGCACUUGCCAGUGGAAAUGUUAUUGAAGCUAACUCAGCUGACGAUGAAAUUCAAGUUGAGAAAGAAGGAAAUAAUGGUGAAGCUUCUCAGGUGGAGUCUAGCCCUGCAGAUGCAGGGUUGACAGAAGAAGCAACCCAAGUUUAGAAUGUGGCUGAAGUAGAAGCUAAAAGUGAUGGUGCAGCGGAGCAGGUAACGGCUUAAAUAUGUGAUUCUUUGGGGAUUAUUGAUCGGAAGGUGUAAUUUUAUGUUUCCUUUCUCCAUUGAAAUAAUUUUGAAAUGUAAACACAGUAUCAUCUGCUUCUGUGAUGAGCUUGAUGGCCUUAUAUGUAAUUAGGAAUAUUGGGAAUGAUAAUUUUUCACUCUCUGGUAUUUGGGGUUUUGAUUUAGGUGUACUCAUCGAAUGGAAUGUAUUGAACUUCACUGUAGAAUCAAGAUUUUCCAAGUA